CGCCGCUUUUGGGCCGCACGAUAAUGCAGAUCUUCGAUUCUGAGCCACCCAAUUUACUGUGUUGAAUCGGGCCCUCGGGUCCGAUUGCAGAAAACCCCACUUGCAUUGCACAGUGGAGUAUAUGAUUGGUGAAUACUAUAGAAACAUGUUAACCAUCUACGGGCAGCAAAUCGGUGGCUCGAGGCUGUGGUGAGAUUUAGAUGGUAUUUAUUAGGCUUGCUUGCCAGCGAUGUGAAUGGAUUUAAUCUAUACUCGUUCACAUUCACAUUCAAUCUAUAUUAAUUCUCUAUCUCCAAGCAACCUUGACAUUUUCCACUUCCACUUCUACAGUCAAACUUCUCUUGAAUCAACGUCGUCAUGUCUGAAUCUUAUAACCAAGGGGGGCAAGUCUGCUACCCUACCAUGCAGCAACAACGCCCCAAUGACCAGCCACCAUACGGUCAACAGCCCAACUACCCUCCCCUCUACAACGAACAAUACCAACAAAGCCACUACCCAAGCGGUUCUAAAUACAAUCAGCCAUCUUACCCACCCCAGCAGCACUAUCAACAGCAAUAUCAACAGCCGAUUGGCGAAAAUGCUUCCUACUACAACGAAGCCCCUCUAGAAGAUAGAGAAGGGCACGCCAUGAACUCCUCCAGCCCAGAGAGCGAGAAGGGCCUCGGGUCAACAAUCGCCGGAGGUGCAGCGGGAGGAUAUAUCAGCCAUCAGAUGGGUGGAGGGAAGUUGGCCACAGCCGGAGGAGCAGUUCUCGGAGCUGUUGGUAUGAAUAUGGCAACUCAUGCUAUGAAGCCAAAACCCUCUCCUGCUCCUAUUUCCAGUCCUAAUUAUGCUCCGGCCCCGGCUUAUGGAUAUGCUCCCACUCCCGGUACUACUACAACAACGACCACCAUCACCACAAAUGACGCCGGCCACGGUGGUCUCGGAAGUCUCGGGGGCCUUAGAGGUGGCCUGGGAGGUGGUCUUGUAGGCCACGGUCUUCUUGCGCAACGAGCUCACGGUAGGCUAGCUAACCGGGCGACUAGACAUGGUUUACUCCUGUAGUGAGCUAGAUCUACUAUGCUUCAUGCCUUAAUCUUUGGCAUUAAUUAUUCUAGCAUGGCCUAUGUGGAAUGACGAUGAUGACUUUGGGAGUUUGGUUUAUAGACAAUUUUUUUUUUUUUUUCUUUCUGUUGUUUGUUGUGUUCUGCUGUAAAUAGACCGUCGUUUAAGCAAUAUGGACUUAUGUUUUCUUGAUUAUAUAUGUGCCUUUUCUUGCCUUCGUAUAUGUUCUGUAUGUUCAAAAACAAACAUGGAUCUCUUAAAUUAUCAAUUACUGUGUAUGCUGUACAAUGUACUCGAAUGCUAGUCUCAUCCCAUUGGUCUUGGACGUAAU